AUGUCUACCAAAACCAUCAAAAUGUCAGCUGUUACAAUUGAACUGGAUAAGAUUUCAUCAGAGGAGUCUGAGAGCAAAAGGGAUUCCAAGCCAGAUUUUAAGGAAGGCAAAUUCAGUCAAUCAUGUGCUGAUUAUCAUGGUCUUCAACUUCACUGCUCACGUUCUGCACCAGCUGGUAUGAAUACAAGCAAGAGUGAGACAGUGAAAGAACACCCAUUAAAACCUUCUAGAAGAUCUAUGCCAUGCCUUGCCCAGAGCCAAACACAUCCUCAGAGCCUGAGCAAGCAUUCUUCAUUUCUGCAGCCAAAUCAGGUGCAGCCACAGCUCCAGCCCCAGCCUUUGAGUGCAGGGUCAUCGACAGCUGCAGUGGAUGUAGUGUCAGAACGAGCUAAAGUGAUGGAGACUUUGGAAAACAACUUGCUUAAGCUGUCUAAUACAGAAUAUGGUGAUCCAUUUUUAGAUGUAGGAAAGGACAAAGACACAUAUACACAUGAUUCAGAACAUGGGAAUUAUGAUGCUCGUACAGAUCAAUCAUUGCUUAUUCAAAAUAAGCUCACCAGGCAGAAAACACAGCCUCGAACUAAAUCAUCUUUAAAGAGUGAUUCCAUGACAUCAUCAGGACUCUUCUUCAAAGAUGGCAAAAAACGCAUUGACUACAUUUUGGUCUACAAGAAAUCAAGUCCUCAGGUAGAAAAAAGAAGCACAUUUGAGAAGAAUUUGAGAGCAGAAGGGCUGAUGUUAGAACGGGAGCCAGCUGUUACCAACAGUGAUAUCAUGUUUGUUAAAAUUCACUGUCCAUGGGAGACAUUAUGCAAAUAUGCAGAAAGAAUGAACAUCAGGAUGCCUUUCAGGAAAAAAUGUUAUUACACGGACUGGAGGAGCAAAACCAUGGGCAGUUUGCAGAGGAAUAUUAGAGAGCUGAAAAGUUGGUUGCCAAGAAAUCCAAUGAAGCUUGAUAAGGAGGCACUGCCUGAUCUGGAAGAAACAGAUUGCUACACAGCACCCUUUAGCCGUGCACGCAUACACCAUUUUACAAUAAACAACAAAGACAGCUUCUUCAGCAAUUCCACAAGAAGUAGAAUUGUGCAUCAUGUGCUACAGAGAACUAAGUAUGAAGAUGGAAAAUCCAAAAUGGGUAUUAAUAGGUUACUAAAUAAUGGAACAUAUGAAGCAGCAUUUCCACCACAUGAGGGAAGCCACAAAAGCAGACAUCCCAUCAAAACACAUGGAGCACAGAAUCACAGACACCUCUUGUAUGAACGUUGGGCACGAUGGGGAAUGUGGUACAAAUACCAACCUCUUGAUUUAAUCAGGCGUUACUUUGGUGAAAAAAUUGGACUGUAUUUUGCCUGGCUGGGAUGGUAUACUGGAAUGCUUAUUCCUGCUGCCCUGGUUGGGCUCUUUGUUUUCCUCUAUGGGUUAUUUACAAUGGAUUCCAGCCAAGUAAGCAAAGAGAUCUGCGAGGCAAAUGAAACCAUUAUGUGCCCUAUGUGUGAACGCAAUUGCACACUACAAAAACUCAACGAAAGCUGCAUAUAUGCCAAGGUUACACAUUUGUUUGAUAACGGAGGGACUGUCUUCUUUGCAAUUUUCAUGGCAAUUUGGGCAACAGUAUUUCUAGAGUUUUGGAAAAGACGGAGAGCUGUGUUAACUUAUGAUUGGGACCUAAUAGACUGGGAAGAUGAAGAGGAAGAGCUGCGUCCCCAGUUUGAAGCUAAAUAUUCCCAAGUGGAAAGAGUAAAUCCCAUCACAGGAAAACCUGAACCUUUUCAGCCUUUCCCUGAUAAGCUCAGUCGACUGAUGGUGUCUGUCUCAGGAAUAUUCUUCAUGAUUUCACUGGUCCUUACUGCAGUGUUUGCAGUUGUGGUGUAUCGACUGGUAGCCAUGGAGCAGUUUGCUUCUUUCAAGUGGUAUUUCAUCAAGAAGUAUUGGCAGUUUGCAACAUCUGGCACUGGAGUCUGUAUCAAUUUUAUGAUCAUCAUGUCACUCAAUGUUGUGUAUGAAAAGGUUGCCUAUCUCCUGACAGACUUAGAGCACCCUAGAACAGAAUCUGAGUGGGAAAACAGCUUUGCCUUGAAAAUGUUCCUCUUCCAGUUUGUCAACUUGAACAGCUCCAUCUUCUACAUCGCCUUUUUUCUUGGCAGAUUUGCAGGCCGCCCAGGAAAGUACAACAAGCUUUUUAACAGAUGGAGGCUGGAAGAGUGUCAUCCUAGUGGCUGUUUGAUAGAUCUGUGCUUACAGAUGGGAGUUAUUAUGGUUUUAAAACAAAUGUGGAACAACUUCAUGGAACUAGGCUAUCCUUUAUUACAGAAUUGGUGGUCACGACGCAAAAUGAAGAGAAGAGGGCAAUCAGUGGAGAAUAAAAUUUCUCUACCUCAGUGGGAAAAAGACUGGAAUCUGCAACCUAUGAAUCUCCAUGGCUUAAUGGAUGAAUAUUUAGAGAUGGUUUUACAGUUUGGCUUUACCACCAUCUUUGUUGCUGCCUUCCCACUGGCACCUCUCCUGGCACUGCUUAACAAUAUCAUAGAAAUCAGGUUAGAUGCAUACAAGUUUGUCACUCAGUGGCGAAGACCUAUGCCUGCAAGAGCAACAGAUAUAGGUAUUUGGUAUGGAAUUCUGGAAGGAAUUGGAGUUCUGGCUGUCAUCACCAAUGCCUUUGUUAUUGCCAUUACUUCUGAUUACAUUCCACGUUUUGUCUAUGCAUACAAAUAUGGUCCUUGUACAGAUCAAGGGUACAGACAAGAAAAAUGCUUGAAAGGAUAUGUCAACAGCAGUUUAUCAGUAUUUGAUUUGAGUGAACUUGGGAUGGGAUACUCAGGAUACUGUCGGUAUAGAGACUACAGAGCCCCACCAUGGAGUUCAACUCCAUAUGAAUUUACUUUGCAGUUUUGGCAUGUCCUGGCAGCACGGCUGGCCUUCAUAAUAGUGUUUGAGCACCUUGUUUUUGGAAUAAAGUCUUUCAUUGCCUACCUAAUUCCAGACAUACCCAAAGACUUGUGUGACAGAAUGAGAAGAGAGAAAUACUUAGUCCAGGAAAUGAUGUAUGAGGCUGAACUGGAACAUUUGCAAAGAGAAAGGAAAAAGAAUGGAAAACAGUAUCACCAUGAAUGGCCUUAG